AUGGAGGCAGCCACAGCUUGGGAGGUGGCCCUGGGAACUACACUGAUGCUGAAAGGAGCCAGCCCAGCUGAUGCUGAAGGACCCCAGGCUCCACCUCAACAGGGGGUCAGCAGCCCUAUUCCUCAGCUCCUGUUCCCUACAGAAGAGCUUCCCAAGAUCUGGCUACCUCCCCUGAGGCAGACCUACAUCUGCAAGGUUGGGGACACAGUGAACCUACUAAUCCCAUUCCAGGGAAAGCCCAAAUCUCAAGCCACCUGGACACAUGAUGGGUGUGCCUUGCACACCCAUCGUGUGAGUGUGUGGAAUGGGGAGAAGGACUCCGUUCUCUUCAUCUGAGAAGCCCAACGAACUGACUAGGGCCACUACCAGCCGAGUGUGCACCUGGGCAGGCUGGAAGCCACUGCCACCUUUGACAUCCUAGUGAUCGAGAGGCCAGGCCCUCCACACAGUAUCAAGUUGGUAGAUGUUUGGGGCUUCAGUGCUACCCUGGAGUGGACACCUCCCCAAGACACAGGCAAUACAGCACUCCUGGGAUACACAGUGCAGAAGGCUGACACAAAAUCUGGGCUGUGGUUCACAGUACUGGAGCAUUAUCACUGCACCAGCUACACUGUCUCCGGUCUCAUCAUAGGCAACUCCUGUGUAUUUCAUGUCUUUGCCAAAAACCAGUGUGGGCUCAGUGAGACAGCCCCAGUCACUUCUGACCUGGCCCACAUCCAGAAAGCAGAUAAGGCAUGGAGAACCCAAGGGUUUGCCCAGAGAGAUUUCUCCAAAGCCCCAAAGUUUACCCAACCUCUGGCAGACUGCACCACAGUGACUGGCUAUGACACCCAGCUCUUCUGCUGCGUCCGUGCCUCUCCCAAGUCCAAGAUCAUCUGGCUGAAGAACAAGAUGGAUAUCCAAGGCAAUCCCAAGUACAGAGCCCUCACUUACCUGGGAAUCUGCUCCCUAGAAAUCCACAAGCCUGGUCCCUUUGAUGGGAGCAUCUCUACUUGCAAGGCCAUUAAUGCCCUGGGAGAGGCCUCUGUGGACUGUGAGUGGAUGUGA